AUGGCGCAGAGCCAGCUGGUCGUGGACCAGAUGCUGGGGCACCAGUUUCGGGAGCUGGAGCCGGCUCAAGUCCGCUGGUAUUCCCAUCGCGCCGACUACAGCCCCAGCAGCCUGGCCAGCAACCCCGAGGUCGUGCACCGCGGCAGCGUGCUCCGGUACAACGAUCUGGACUCCCUGGCUCUCGAGCGAGCGUACAGGUUCGUGUGCGACGCAUACCUGGAUGAGCAGGGCGUCUGGGCGGGGGACCAGCUGACCCCCGUCCUUGUGAGGGGAGGCCUGUCGGAGGUCCACCUCCCCACCCGCCUCCAGUCGUCUUCCUACUUUCCCGCGCCACGCCAUCGAGUGCUGCGCGGCACCUGGUUUGCGGAGAAGGCGCCGGGCGACUGGGUGCCACUCAAGGAAUCGCUGGCGGAGCAGCUGGAGGAGGGGUACCGCCAGCAGCUCUGGCUGCCCGGACGCAUGAGCGGGAAGCCCGGGUCCUCACCGGUCCCCGUCAGCGGCGGCCGUCCCACCCGGGCUGGUGCAGCAGAGGAGACUCUGAAGGGUGGGAAGCUGGAACUCAACACCCGCGUGGACAGGGGGCUCCAUGCCCUGUACGCCGCCCCGGGGGAGAUGUACCUGUGCCCCUCCGGCACCAUGGCCUGGAUCACCAAGAGGCUGGGCAGCGAAGGGCGCAUGCGGCUCAGGCGCGGCUACGUGCCCCCCACCCAGGCCAGGGGCAUCUUGGAAAAGGAGGCGGACCUUAAGGCGGAGGCAGCGGACGCGGCCGCCUCAUCCACCCCUGUCUCUCACCUCAUCCUGGCGGUGCACGGGAUCGGCCAGACCCUCUCCUCCGCCAGCAUCUCGACGGACACCUCCACCUUCCGGAGCAUCGUGCGGGAGGCUGAGGCGGACCUCUACCCCGUGGGCGUCGCGGGGCGCGUGGAGGUCCUGCCGGUGCAGUGGCGACGCAUCCUGGACCUGCGCGUCGAUGAGGUGGCCAGGGGACUCAUUCCCCCCGGUCUUGCCGCCCUGCGCCAGGUGCUUCACGCCACAGUGGUGGAGGUCCUCCUCUUUCUGACACCAGGAUACCGGGAUCAGAUGGUGGCAGCCCUCGUCCGCGCCCUCAACGCCCAGAUCACCCGCUUUCGAGACCGCAACCCGGGCUUCAAGGGCAAGGUGUCCAUCAUGGCACACUCCCUGGGCAGCGUACUCUCCUACGAUGUCCUUUGCAACCAAGCGGCGGCCGCAGGAGCCCCCGGGCCAGAAUCGUACCUGCUGACUCCUCCCAGCCCCACCACAGAGAUUGAAGAGCUGCGCAAAGAGGUGGCGCGCCUGCACGCCCUGCUCUCCAAGCAGCACCAGCAGGGCUCAGACGGCGCCGGCACGGCAGUGGCGGUCCCGGCCCUCCUAUUCGACGUCGACUGCCUUAUCCUCUUGGGCUCCCCGCUCCCCGUCUUCCUGGCCAUGCGUGGCAUAAACCCCGAGGAGGGGCGGGGCCUGGGCUCCCUGGCUGCCGGGGACAUCCAGUGCUCGGCCCCCGGGCAGCCACACACAUGGGACGGCUUGCCCAGGGCCCGGCGCUUGUUUAACUUAUACCACCCCUACGACCCCGUGGGCCACAGGCUGGAACCGCUGGCAUUUGGGCUGGAGGGCGCGCCGGGCCGAGCCCUGUACGUGCCGCUCUUCCGAGGGAGCAAGCGGCUGCACAUCGGCAUCCAGGAGUUUGGGGAGGACAUGAGCUCUGCUGCCUCACGCCUAGGCGCCGUCCCCUGCCAGCCCCGGCCCUGCCACGGCGGCGCCGGCGGCGGCAGAGCCGAAUGCUGA